AUGCUGCGCACGCCCUGCCAGAGACUUUAUAUCCUUCUGUUCCAUCUGUACAACAGCAUUAACACACAGUCUCAACAUACUGCAAGCAGCGACUGCCUUAACAUACUGCAAGCAGUGACCGCCUCAACAUACUGCAAGCAGCGACCGCCUCAACAUACUGCAAGCAGUGACCGUCUCCAUAUACUGCAGGAACUGACAUACACACAACUUGCAGACACUGACCAUAUAACUAAACAAUCUGCAGACGCUGACCAUCUAACUAAACAACCUGCAGACACUGACCAUCUCAUCGCACAACCUGCAGACGCUGACCAUCUCAUCGCACAACCUGCAGACACUGACCAUCUCACCACACAACCUGCAGACGCUGACCAUCUCAUCGCACAACCUGCAGACACUGACCAUCUCACCACACAACCUGCAGACGCUGACCAUCUCAUCGCACAACCUGCAGACACUGACCAUCUCAUCACACAACCUGCACAGACUGACCAUCUAACUAAACAACCUGCAGACAGUGACCAUCUCAUCGCACAACCUGCAGACACUGACCAUCUAACUAAACAACCUGCAGACACUGACCAUCUCAUCACACAACCUGCAGACACUGACCAUCUAACUAAACAACCUGCAGACACUGACCGUCUAACUAAACAACCUGCAGACACUGACCAUCUCAUCACACAACCUGCAGACACUGACCAUCUAACUAAACAACCUGCAGACACUCACCAUUUCAUCACACAACCUGCAGACACUGACCAUCUAACUAAACAACCUGCAGACACUGACCAUCUCAUCACACAACCUGCAGACACUGACCAUCUCAUCGCACAACCUGCAGAUGCUGACCAUCUAACUAAACAACCUGCAGGCACUCACCAUUUCAUCACACAACCUGCAGACACUGACCAUCUAACUAAACAACCUGCAGACACUGACCAUCUCAUCACACAACCUGCAGACACUGACCAUCUCAUCGCACAACCUGCAGAUGCUGACCAUCUAACUAAACAACCUGCAGGCACUCACCAUUUCAUCACACAACCUGAAGACACUGACCAUCUAACUAAACAACCUGCAGGCACUCACCAUUUCAUCACACAACCUGCAGACACUGACCAUCUAACUAAACAACUUGCAGACCAUCUCACUCCACAUAUUAUAUGUGCUAACCCUUUCCACUUAGUACAGAGAUGGGAUCCGUCUUUGGAGAAACUCGCCAAAUUGUACGCUGCAAAAUGUAUAUGGGAACAUAAUGAGGAAAGGGGCUACACGGGAGAAAACCUGUUCCUGAUGUCGGGGUCGGGGCUGGAUGUAGAGCUUGGUCUGUCCGACUGGCACCGUGAACGAGAUUACUACAACUUCACCACCUCAACGUGCCAAGAAGAGAAGAUGUGCGGACACUACACGCAGAUGGUCUGGGCCGAAACGGAGCGGGUUGGAUGCGGAGAACAUUUCUGUGAGAAGAUUGAGGGCUUUGAUGAACCCAACGUGUAUUUUCUGGUCUGUAACUACAAACCACCGGGCAAUUUUCGUGGCAAGAGGCCGUAUAAGGUGGGGGUUCCUUGCACUCAAUGCCCCAUGGAUUCCUUCUGCAAUGGAUCGCUAUGUGACAAAGGUCCAAAUCUAGAAGAAAUCAGCCCAUCUCCAGACACAAUGGAGACGGAGUCCCUGAACUAUUCCUCCUCCACACCCAAUGUACGUUUCAUACAAACAACCACUGAGCGAGACCUAGUGUCCCCAGAGUCCCUCCUAAACCUCGCAACAGAAGAUGCCAGUUGGGAUGGAACCAAGUCAACACCAGUGAUGACGAACAACAGCCCAACACAGAGACCUGAAGAUGCUCAACUAAACCAAACAAUAAAAUAUUUCACGGGAACGGUUCCCAGCAGAGAGUUACUCAAAGCCAGUAGCACAAUCGCAUCACUUCACACACCACGUGCUGACCACACACUCUCUUCACUGAUAGUUACAAGAAAUGGACAAGUCACUGCCCCCCUUGAUACAACAGACCCACCAUCUUCCUUUGGUUUGACAUCUCCUCCCAGCCAAGUAUCCCCAGAGUCCCAAACCACCAAGCAAGGAACUUCACCCAAACCUAUUCCUACUUAUGAAGUGCAACUCAACAUAAAUGGAGAAAUAGACAUAGCCUCAUCUCGUGCCCCAACAGUAAGUCCCACCACAUACCCACCAGGAGUGGUUUCUUACAAGCCAUCAGUACAGGAACUUGUACAACAGGUCGUGGGUAUUGGUACAACGAGAUGGCAGCAGGAAAGCUCCCUCCAAACAGUGACGCUAACACCUAAACAAAAACCCUUACCUAUUGCCACUGACCAGAAGCAGAAAGACCACAAGUCUGGAAAAGAGCCAACAGAUUCCAACCAAAAACCAACCAUGAACAUCAAAAAGGACAAGGUGCCAGCUGAGCAAAGCAUGAACUUGGUUCUGUAUUCUAAGAAAUACCCUCUCAAAACAGGUGUCAUGCCACAGAAAUGGGGCUUCCAGUCUGAUGGUUCAGGUAAGGAUGAGCGAACACUCACACCAGCAAUCUCUGUUUGCUCCAUGUCUGCUCUUACUCCACGUAUCUCUAACUCUCAAAUUUUCCCACGGGCUUGCAAGCAUCCAGACCAGACUUUCUUUGGGAAACAUGUCUACAGACCCCAUUCCUACAGGGCAUAUGUCCCCAAGACCCCCCAAGCUUUCUGCCCUUACCCAUGUGCCCGCUACCCCUCUAAGCUUUCAUUGGUGGCACCUCUGUAUCGAACAAGUUCUGUGUCGCACAUUGGUGGAAAGCAACAAAAAUGGUGGCCAAGCUACAAGGCUUCGAGUAAAACCAGCAGCAAGAUACCCUGCAAACCACUGGCGUACAUGAAAGGGGUAUACAGCUUAUACCUGCCACAAACUGGGGCAUCUAAGGAUAAUAUUUAAGGGCUUCAGACAUUGUGCUGAAAAACAGAUUCAGGUCAUGAAUUUGGGCAGAUUUACCAUUUUGCCCCAAUCGGGUUCAGUGUUUCCUACCUCUGAGUUUUGAAGUGAUCAGAAAGAUGCUGUUCUGUGACAUACGACAUAUCUGCUCCUCGUGGCCGGGCGAUAAUGACUAUAAAUUAUUCUCUAUAUAUAAUAAGUAUAUGAAUCGGCAUUAAUAUUAUUACUGUGUCUUUUGAUUCAGGCGAAAUCUUUGAAUAAUGUGAGUUACACAGAAAUAAACCUGUCGAUCAGCUAAUUAGUAAUAUUUAAAAGUUAAUAAUCAUUAAUCGAAGCUGAAUAUACAUUGUCCGAUCACGCUCUCAUUUCCCAAACUUCACCCUUUUCCUUUCCUCUGGUGAAUUUGUGAUGAUGUCUGCAAAUAAAGGUU